UCCACUUCUGUUGAUAAGUGAGUCCAUGGGUUGGAUUUGGGUCGUACGAUAUUUUUAACUUGGUCUAUUUGUGAUCGGAUGAUUAUCUCGAAAUGUCCAUCAACUUGAGUUUGUCAAAAAUGUAACUUUUUAAAUAGACCAUUUGAUUUAUAAUUACUACUAUUAGUAUUAUAAACAUUCCCACUAUGGAUUACGCUACAAUGAAUGGGAGCUCUUCUGACCUGAGUGUAGAAGAGGAGUGUCCUCCAACUGAUACUAAAGGUGCUGGUGAUGGCAAUGUAGUCAAUGGGCAUAGGAAUGGAAGUCCUGACUCAUUUUGUGAUAUACCUGGUCGACCAACUAUGCCACUCUUUGGUAUGGACAUUGGAGGGACCCUUACAAAGCUAGUGUACUUUGAACCAACAAAUUUUGAUGAAUUUGAAUUUACAGAAAGAAAAACUUUAGAAACUAUACACAGAUAUUUAAUUGGCAAUACAGCCUAUGGCAAGACUGGUAUCAGGGAUGUGCAUCUUGAAAUGGAAAAUCAAACAAUAUGUGGUCGUAGGGGUAAAAUCCAUUUUAUUAGAUUCCCUACUUCUCAGAUGCCAGCAUUUAUUGAUUUAGCAAAGCUCAAAAACUUCUCUGGGUUGGCUAGUGGAAUCUGUGCUACAGGAGGUGGUGCUUAUAUGUUUGAAAAAGUUUUUGCUGAAGAAGUGUUGCUUCAGCUCCACAAGUAUGAUGAGCUAGAUUGUUUGCUGAAAGGAAUUCACUAUAUUGAUCGGCACAACCCUCACUGUGAAUGUUAUUACUAUAGCAACCCACUUGAUGUGGAUAACUGUAUAAAAAAGCCAUUUAAUUUUAGGAAUCCAUACCCCUACCUUGUUGUGAAUAUUGGGUCAGGAGUUAGCAUUCUGUCAGUGCGCUCAAAAACAGACUACAACAGAGUGAGUGGGACCAGUUUAGGUGGAGGAACAUUUCUUGGACUCUGUUGUCUGUUAACUGGUUGUGAAACAUUUGAAGAAGCUGUUGAUUUGGCAUCUCAGGGUGACAGCAGGAACAUUGAUAAACUGGUGAAAGAUAUUUAUGGGGGUGAUUAUGAAAAGUUUGGACUAAAGGGUGAUGCAGUUGCUUGCAGCUUUGGGCAGAUGAUUAGCCAAGAAAAAAGAAAAUCUGCUAAAAAAGAAGACUUAGCGAGGGCAAUACUUGUUACAUUAACAAAUAAUAUUGGCUCUAUUGCUCGUAUGUGUGCAAAAACAGAGAAAAUUGACAAAGUUGUGUUUGUGGGGAAUUUCCUGAGAGUAAAUGAAAUCUCUAUGAAGCUGCUUGCCUAUGCAAUGGACUUUUGGUCCAAGGGCUCCCUUAAAGCUCUCUUCCUUGAACACGAGGGCUAUUUUGGUGCUAUGGGAUGUCUGCUGGAAUAUCUGCAUCUGAACCUGCCUGGGUGAUUGUAGUGCCUAUUUAUAACAGUUAUUUGUCAGUAAAACUUGAAGAAAACAUCUAUAAUUUUUCAAUCACUGCCCAUAGAGAAUUUUUCUUUUUUACCUCAUAAUGUUUUAAAUUUUUAGUGAAAUCUGAACAAAUAUAUGUUCGUUAAUUUAACAUUUUGUUUUAUUAAAUGCAACAUGUUGCUUUGUUCAAUGAAUUUUUUUAAAUCUGCAUUUUCAAGAAAAUCAAUAUCUGGUAGAAAAGCAAUGAUGGUUGUAUAUAAUUUUAAAAAGAUCUAUAUUUUAUGGUCUGUUGGUUAUGCAGCUGUUGCAGCUGUUGAAUUAAAUAGAUUGUUUUGACAAUACAUUGUAAACUUAAUGGUUUAUGUAAAUGAGAUGUAAUGAUUAAAAUGGAUACUAUUCACU